GGAAAUAUAAUGUUUCAAAUUUGUCGCACUUGUUGAAUCAGAACAAACUUCACAGUGGUGUCCUGUGCAUUUGACCCUCAAACUCUAAAUAUUCUCUUUUACAAGAUUAAAAUUAGUGAGUGACAUUUUUAUGCAAUAAGACAACAAGUAAUUUAGGAUGGAUAAAUCAUGGGAUCACCCAUGGACAACUGAAGAAAUCAGGAGGAAACGCAAUGAGUGGACUCUAGCUGGAGAUGCUGGACUUUUGAAACAUCUUCAACAAUUUUCUGAAAAUUUAAUGUCUAAAGCUGUCAAAACUCAAGAGACAUUAAAUUCCUUAUCAGCACAAUUGGAUGAAACAGCUAUAUUUAUAGAUAAUAUCACAAAUUCAUCAUUAGCAUUGGCAAAUACUCAGUUUAUUGAAAGUAGAAUAUAUGAGGAUGAUAUGGAAAUAGCAAAGACAAAAGAGCCUCAAAGCCAGGAAUUAAAAAAAAAGGAACAACUUUCGGCAGAGUUAAUGGCUAAUGUGGAGGAAAGCGUUAGGCAAGGUUUAGUUAUAAUGGAUGAAAAAUAUGAACGAUUAGAAGUUGUUGCUAGUGAUAGUGAAGAUGAAGAAGAACCUGCAGUUCCAAGCAUCAUUUUGAGGCCAAAGGAUCCCUAUCAAGAUCGUCCUUUGCCUUAUAUCAUUGGAUCAGAAAAAUGGAGAGCUUCUAGUAAGAUUGGUUUGGAAAGUAGUAGCAGUGAAUCGGAACAAUUGGAUGAGGAAGAGUCUGAUAGUGAAUCUGAUGAAAAAUCAAGAGAAUUUAUUUUAAAUUCAAACAAUUGUAACAAAUCAAUGAUGGAUGCGAUAUCAUCGUCUUCCAGUGAGCCCAAUGAUUAUAAUGCUGAGAAUGUUUCUAUUAAACAUGAUGAGAAAAUGGAUGCAAAAACCGAGGAUACUAUUGACUCGGAUUCAGAAUCUAUCACAGAUGCUAAUAGUGUCCCAAAGCAUAUGAAGCAUGCCACGCCAAGUUUUGCAGAAGAACUGGCUAAGAGAUUGGGAAAUAUGUUGCCUAGUGAAAAAUCCAUAAAUACACAUGAAGUGGAUAAUCCUCAAGUCGAUCAACCAAAUAAAGAUGAUAUUUUUGAAUCGAAAUAUGACGACAUCUUUAGUACAAGGUCUAGAAACCUUUUUGAUAACGAUGAUAAAUUGUUCAAUGAUGAUGAUGAUGCACCUGCACCUACUCAAUCUUCGAAAAAUACGCCUAUAAAAUCAACGAAAGCAAAUAUUAUACCUCCAAGUAUUGAUGUACCACCGCCUAUGAGUUCAAUUUUUGUAAAGCCAAAAUCAGCAAUCGAUGAUCCAUUUGGUGAUGCUGAUUCCGAAGAUUCAGAUGAUAUAUUUACUUCCAAGACUUCUACAAAGAAAGUGGUAAAAAAAAAUAUCUCAACUACCUCCAAACCGUUCCAUGACAAUAUUCAAAAACCACUGCUCACAGUUGGCACUGCUGAAAAUACUGGUAAUAUGGCUACUAGUACUCCAGAAACUAUUGUUAAUGCUAAUAAUUUAUUCGAAGACGAAGAUGACAAUGAUCUAUUUGGUACGUCGAAACGGGAAAAUGUUUCAUCAGGAAGAACAUCGAAAACUGAAGCAUCUAAUGCAACCAAAAAGAAACCUGUGGGAGGUAUUCCUGUAUUAAGGCCAGCUAAUAUAUUAGCUUCGGAGAUUAGGAGUAAAUUCCGAAAUAGACUGUCGUCCUCAGAUUCGUCUGAUAGCAACGUUACAGAAAAUAAUGAUGACACAAGCAGCGAUCAGGUGAAUCAAAACGCUACCAGUCGUACCUUGCCCAAAGUCAACUUUGAUGAACCGAGCCUUCGGCUAGCUGCAGGGAAUUUGGAAAACUCUAUGAGAGGUACCGAAACGAGCGGAAGUAGUGGAAUCUCAAUACAUCCGCCAAGCUUCAACAGUACAACAGGUUCUGGACUUGGGGCAGAUUUUCAGCCGCAGAUGUCAUCAAGCAGAUUGAGAUCCGAGGAAAUAUACCGAGAGAGAGUUAUUAGUGACAGUCUUUUUGUGCCUCAGACGCAUAAAACAGGUAGUGCAAGUUCUGGAAAUAUUACAAAUUCACUUCCUGAAGGAUCCAUUGAGGAAACGUCGGAUCAGCAGGACGUCGUUUUUGAUAAUGAAGAUAUAUUUGGUCCUCCGCCAUUACCUAAAGCAGGGCCCAAAACGAAGUCUAAAGUAAUAUCGUUAUUCGACGAUUCUGAUUCAGGCGAUGACCUUUUUUCAAAUACCAGCUCGGGAUCUCGUUCGCAAAAGAGCGCCGAUCUUCUUGUGACGACACCGCAGACUUUUGAGAAAUCUAAACCAUUUCAAAAGAACAAUCUCUUUGACGACGACGAUAAUAUUUUCAGCACUAAGGACUCUCCUGACGUGGAUAUAUUUAAUAUUGGGUCAAAGACCUUGCCACAAGAGACUCAUCCUGACAACAAAACACCUGCCGAUUCAGCGGUUACAACUAGUAAGGAUUCUCGUGAAAAUAGUUUAGAGAAAGCAUCUUCAUCAAAGGCUCCUUGGACGAAGUCCUUCCUAAAGCCAACUAGUAUUUUCGAUGACAGUGACGACGAUGAGGACUUGUUUGGUACGAAUUUUGGAAAGAAAAUACUAAAGGAUAACGAGCCAACGACUGCGGUAAAAGUCAAUGAUACUGAGGACUUAUUUUCGGUGCCGCCAAAAGUCAGCAACGGGACGGAAAAGAAGGAACUCUUAUUGAAUACGUCAAGUUCCAAAAUUAAAGCGAAAGAGAAUCUCUUGGUAGAAAAAGAGGUGAUUACCAAUACAAAUAAAAGUGUAGAAAUUGAAACAAAAGAAAGCAGCGGAAUUACUACUAUGGAUUCUCUACGUUCCGGAGGACGUUUAUUUGAUGAUGUAGACAACGAUGAUGUCGAUGAUUUGUUUGGCGAGAAAAGCAUUAGAAAACCGAAGCAAAGUAACAGCAUUUCGUCGGAAAUAAGUCAAAACAACAAAGCAGAAUUACAUUCAAAGAGCAUAAAUACCAAAGAACCAGAAGUUAUCAAUGAAGAUUCAAAGGAAGUGGAGAAAAUUGACAUAGUCCAUCAUAGCAUAUUACCGGAUACUAAGAUAACAACAUUGGAAUCAACGGAAGAAUCCGAAUCAUCAAGUUCUGAUGCUGUACCGUCGAUAGUGGAAUCGGAACCGCUGAAAAAAAAUCCAUCUGGAAUUUCUGAAUCAACCAUUUCGGAUGAUCUGUUUGUUGGUAACUCCAGAAGGGAUCCACCAAAGACGUUAAAUAUUCGUCCAGCAGUUUCUCCUACUAACGAAGAGACUAUUGCACCAAAACGAGUGGUUUCGGGAAAAAUAAAAGAUCUCAUGGGUCGUAUGGGCGAUUUAAAAAUUCUCUCGCCAACCGAUACUCCUCCGUUAUGGCGAAAGAAUGAUGAGGUAACCGACGAAUUAGAUGUACCAGACGAUGAGGAUAUUGCUGAUGGUGGCUGCAUUAGUACAACCAAAGAAAGUCCACAACCAGUUUCUGAGGAGUAUGCGCAGUGUAAACCCUCAGUCCAGUCCAAACCAGUCGAAAGGAAGGAUGACGAAGUUGCUGUAAGCUUUGACGAACCUGCACAAGUUGGUACUUUGGCCGCAAUUGCUUCUAAGAGCCGCAUAAGGAUACAAGCUAAACGUCGUCCUCAGAGUAGACACGCUCGCCAAUCUGCUCUUCGAGAGAGUGGUCUCAUCUUUGACACUGUCGAUUUAACAAACGGAAAUCAUCCAAAUACCAGCCAAACUGACUUAACGAGCAACGAACAAAAUUCCAAAAUAAUUUCCAGUACCGAAAGGUUGGUAGUUCCUGUCGGGGGCGGAGAACAUCUUACUCGCAGUUCGGAAUCAAAUCUGACAGCAGAAGACAAAUCAGAACGCAGUCUAAGCAAAGAGAGUUCUAUGAGUAUUAAUAAAAACACAUUAUUAUCACCAUCAACUGACGAGGAAGAUCUUUUCGAUGUACCGCCUGAUUUGCCAGAGGAUCCACAGAAAGAAGAUUUAUUAUUUGGCAGAGCACCGAUAUUAUCACCAGUAGAAAACGUGGUUAAUUCAAAUAAAAAAAGUGUUCAAUCAGUAAAAAGUAUUUCGUCUCGACCUGAUGACUUUGUAGGUAGUAAAGUCAAGAGUGAAGACAUUUCAAAGGCUAACCAAAAAGUGACUAAUGAUACUGAUUCUUAUGAGAGACAGCAGUUUAGUGCAGAUAACUCAUAUACAUUAAAUCAGAAAUUGAAUUGGAAAGAACCAUCUCCCCAGGAGAAUAAAGAGAAAGAAGUGAACCCUGAAAAUAAACUCAUAGAAGAUGGCAAAAAUCAUGAAAAAGAUUAUAAAAAUGAUGAACAAACAGUCGAAGAACGUCCAAUUGAUCCUUUAAAUGAUAAAAGUCAUGAUCCUUUAAAGGAUCCUAGUCAAUUAUUCGCAUUUGUAACAAAAACACCAUCGCCAGAGAAAGGCAAAAAUUUAUUGUUUAACGAAGAUGACAGCUUGUUUACCAACACUUCCAAAGAAGCCAGCGAGAUUCCCAGUACAACGACGAAGAAACAGACUUUGGAUUUAUUUGAAGAUGAUAUUGGUGAUGAUUUGUUCUCUGCUCCAUUAACAAUAUCCGCGAAGAAGCCACUGAGAGAAACGAAAAUCAGUCUGUUCGAUGAUGAUGACGAUGAUGAGGAUGAUGCCGAUCCAGAUAGUCUCUUUAGCACUUUUUCAAAAUCGAAGCCUCUAUCAAAAAGUGCACCCGUCGUAAAGGAGGAAGAGAGUAGCAAGCUGACAGAACAAAUUACGGUAGGACAAGAAAUUCGUUUUGAAAGUGACGACGAAAAUUUAUUUGGAACUCGGCUCGCAAAAUCGGAAUUAUUAGAAUCUUCGAAGGUUACAAAGAAAGUUGGUAAAACAUCAAAUUUGAAAGAUAUCUUCGGUGAUCAAUCCAGUGGAGAGGAUGACAUUUUUGCCAUAAAGAAGUCUGCGACGAAAACGAUUGCUUCAAGCAAUUCUAUAUUCACACACGAUGACGACGGUGAUGAUGAUAUUUUCGGUAAACCGUCAUCCGCAUCGACAUCACAAACACAAAUAAUGCAUCAUCAAUCAAUUAUAAAGAAACCUGUAACGAGAGACCUAAGAAAAACCGCGGAGAAGAUCGUCGAAGAUCCUCUGAGUCUGUUACAGAAAGAUUAACUAAUCAUCCCUAUUAAUACGAAGCACCAGUGUGAUAAUAUUUUAUUUAUAUAUUAUUAAUUUCGUUAUUGUUUAUAAUUUUUGUUUUGUUAUCCUGGCAUUGCUUUAUGAGGUGCGGGGCACGACCUGGAAGAUGAGAAUGAUUAUUUUUAUUAACUAUCUAUGAGAUUCAGUUAGUACAAUAGGCUCGGUUGAGGUUACAAUAGUGCAUUCCCAUGAAUCAAUUACAAUUUUAAUCUUCUGAUCUUACACAUACGCUUACCAUAUUAUACUGUUUUCUUAUUGUAAUCGUAAUAGUAAUAGCCUACAAUAUAAAAUAAAUCACCACGACGCAUAUACGGAGGAAAGAUUAAAACUUUGCAAAACGCAGUUUUCAUAACUAGCGUGUACGAAUUUGAGUAAUGAAUCAGAACUUCGAGUCAGCGAACAAGUAAACGAUGCUUCAAAAGCAUAUCGUAUAUGUAUAUAAUUCUCUGUAUCGAUAGCUGUCACAGCCUGUAAUUAAUAAUUACACGUAUAAUAUAUUCUCAUUAUGUAA